UAGACAUCGUAAAAUUAGUUGCUGGCGUUUUCAUGUUAUAUUCUGUGGCACCGUAGGCAACCCUCGCCGGAUGCAGGAAGCCUAGUAUGGAUGCGCUGAGGCUGUUAUCGCGAUCUACUGGCCUUAAGACGAAAAAUCCAAAAACUUUGCCGCAAAAUCUUCCAUCAGCCUCAGGACAUGGGCCAACCGAAGAGGUCUCGGACUCUCUGGCUUCUCGCAAGAGAAAGAGAGACCCUGAUGUGAUUGGAGAUGUGACUGGCAAUGAGAAUGGGGUUCAGCGUCUAUCAGAAGCAGAAGUCCGUCAGGUUCAGAAGAAGUACAGAAUCAAAAUCGUCGACUUGAACCGUUUCAGGAACUCCAGCGAGUCGUCGGAGUCUCGAAAACUUCAAAAAGAGCAAUCUCGGCUCUAUCCACAGCCACUUACAUCUUUCGAUCAACUACGGCACCGGAAUGUGAACAAGUCUUUAUUACGCAACAUCUCGACUCAGGCUUAUCUUGAACCCACAGAGGUUCAAGUGGCCGCCAUACCCUUGCUCUUUGACGACAGCGAUGAAGCGAACGAGCCCAACCUCCUUACUAUUGCGCCAACAGGAAGUGGCAAGACUCUGGCCUUUCUGAUGCCAGUGAUUGAGAAGAUAUCGAGGAGCCACCGACAAGGCGAUCAACGGUCAGAGAGACAUGUGAGCGCCAUUGUCCUCGCACCGACAAAGGAACUCGUGUUUCAGAUCGUCAACGAAGGUCGAAAGCUAUGUCUGAACACUGGAGUCAACAUUACUGCCAUGAGGAAAGGCAUGAGGCUUCACGAAGGACAUGCGCCUAUGGACAAGGAGGAGGCCGAGAGUGGUGAUGACGUUGGGGAAGACGAAGAGCUUGACACUGUUCCAGAAGAUUCGACUAUCGUCAAAAGCGACAUUUUGGUCUCAACACCGUUGUCCCUGGUCCAUGCACUAGAUCCCUCUUGGAAAGAGGACGAAUCCAGUCAUGUCCAAUCCCUACCGAAUAUAGAGACACUGAUCUUCGAUGAAGCGGAUGUCCUUCUCGACCCGUUGUUUCGUGCACAGACACUCGCUGUUUGGUCAGCAUGCACUUCACCGUCGUUACGAAUAAGUAUGUGGUCCGCAACAAUAGGAUCAAAUAUCGAGGAGCUGGCAGUGCAAACGAUUUCCGAGCGUCAAAAAGUCCUCAAGAUCCGCCGAAGUCAGAGGCCACCACUACUGCGGACAAUAAUAGGUCUCAAGGACACAAGCUUGCCCACAAUCUCUCACAGAUUGACCUACGUUGCAACCGAGUCCGGCAAAUUAUUAGGUAUGCGGCAGCUGUUGCAUCCUUCACGACCCACGCCAGCAAAGGAUGGCAAGGAAGCAUCUCCGGCGCCGCUCCGUCCACCCUUCCUCGUCUUCACGCAAACAAUCGACCGAGCCCAAUCAUUACACAACGAAUUGCGAUACGAUAUUCCAGCUGCGGCGGGAGGCUCGUCUCGCAUUGCAGUUCUUCACUCCUCACUUCCGGAUAAGGUGCGCUCAAAAAUCAUGCAGGACUUUCGGCUCGGCAAGAUCUGGAUCCUGAUAACAACGGACCUACUGUCCCGGGGGGUUGAUUUCAGGGGUGUCAAUGUGGUGGUCAAUUACGACAUCCCCAACACAGUGGCGAGUUAUGUCCAUCGUGCCGGUCGUACGGGCAGAGCAGGCAGGGAAGGAGGAGUGUGUGUCAGCUUUUACACCAAAGAAGACAUACAAUAUGUGAAAGGUAUUGCCAAUGUCAUCGCCGCCAGUGAGAAGGCCCAAAUUCAUUCGGACAGUACCGCCGGAGCCCUAAAUGGCAACAGCACCGCAGUGUCGAACGCUCCGAAAGCGCAGGAAAUUCAGCCUUGGUUGUUACAUGCACUUCCCUCCGUAUCCAAGUCGGCAAGAAAGGACCUCAAGCAACAUGGCGUUCAAUCCCGGCGGGCGGUGCGUGCCGACGAUGACGAGAAAAUGAAGCGGCUGAAACGCAAGGCAAGGAUCGGAACACAAAGUGGUUACGAGAAGCGCGAAGUAAACCGGAAACGCGGCGCCAUUGAACACAGCCAGCGAAUGAAGGAAGAACCGCACGCUGAGACUAAGGCUGAUGAGUGGGAAGGAUUUGGAUGAUGGCGGCGCGGAAUCGCAAGUCAAGCUUGUAGCACGUAAAACAGCUUCAUCUCCAUCAAGCCUGUGAACACGGAACAGACCCAAAGCGCACUGCAUCUUCGUGGGUUCGGUCGGCUCUCGGGGCAACAAUGCUAUGCAAGUUGGCAGGAUACCUUAUGUAGUCUGAGUCAGACUGGCAGCCAUUCGUGCCGACGGCAAUCACAUUAUCCCCCGGCAAGGACCGAUGCGAUGUCAAGGUGCGAUUAGGAGAUGCAAUGUUGCAGCACCAGUUUCGUGGCUUAUCGCCGGAGGAUUCCCUCAAGCCUCAUAAGUUCUGGCCCUCCCCGGCCUGGCCGAGACCACACGCUGACACGCGCCAACGACAGCAUGAAUGAGGGCUGCUGUAUGCAAGCCACUUCCUGGGGGUGCUGGUAUCUCUCA